AUGACUUAUUCAAUAUUAGUGAAGUGGGCAAGGCACAAGAGACGAAGCACUCGUAAAGGUUCCCAUUCCACCUCGACUAUAAAAAUACUUCUAAGAGACUUGUUAGUAGAGGUGGUUGCAAAGGUGGCCUCACACUCACUCAUCGAUCUUCAAAACAUCAAAAGAUGUUGUAAAGGUUUUCUUGAUGCUAGUGAGGAUAGCUAUGUUUGGCAACGAGUUUCAUUGGACACAUUCCUGCUAAUCCAAUGGCUUCCUAAUGACGAAGUAUCAUCAUUCUUGAAACGCUGCAGGAAAUGUGGAAACAUUGAGAGCUUGUACAGAGAAGGAUUGAGAGAAUAUUUUGAUUAUCCAAAUGGAAAAAUUGAUGGUCUUGAGAUGUUGAAGGUAGCUGCUCAAAAGGGCCACAAGGAAGCAAAAUAUGUGUGUGGUAUGAUUUUAUUAUGCUCUAAACAUAAAGAGUUGAGAAAACAAGGACUUGAGUAUAUGCGUCAACUGAGAAAUUCCAAGUGCGUUGUAAGCUCUAGAAAGAAAGUGAAACAAUUAGUGGGCUCAGUGUGGAAAAAUAAUGGAAUGUUGAAGCGUAAUCAGAGCCCUCUAUUCAAUUCCAAGAGCACAUGCAAAGGGUGGAAAGUGAAGACAGGUAUAUGGAUAUUACUAGAUGAUGAUGAUGAUGAUAAUAAUAAUGGUGACGACAUUAGCUUAUGCGAAUACUGUAGGUGGGACCAUGAGUUAGAAUUUUUUUAUCAGGUGUUCAAUGUUCAUUAA